AUGGCUCUUGCUCUUCCUAUCCACGACCUCCGCAUGGAUGAGCCCGCUGCAUCCGAGGUCUUUGAGCAUGAUAACCAGACCUUUUACCGCUGGCUCCUCUCCGAUACUGAGCGCGCUCACAUUGCUGGCAUGCUCAACAUUGAACCGACCGAUCUCAAGGUCAAGGGCAGCACCUUUCUCGAGGAUCGCUCCCAAUGCCGCGAGUGCGGCAAGCACUCGGGUCUUGACGACUUUGUGCACAAUGCCCUCUUUGCCGGCAUACACUCGUCCGAGUUCAUGAAGGACUUCCUCCUGGGCAAGGCCCAGCAGACUGUCCCCUACACGGAGCACGAGCUCACGUGCUCUCGAUGCUGCACCAAGCAUGAGACGGCCAAGCGUUGGCUGGCUAUCCCGCCGUGGAUCACCAAUUAA